CAAGCAGCAGCUGAAAAAUGUAAACAGAUUUAGUCGCCAACUGUGAAUGAGAUAUGAAUGAUUAUCGCUAUUGCACAAAAUUGACAUUAUCAAUCAGACUUGGUGAAGCGUAUCAAAAUUAUCGCUUUUUUUCACUUUCUGUCUUCGAAGCACGUGAGAAAAUUCAACAAUGGGUGGCGACCUAAAGGAGUUUUUUCGGCAAGCUGCUAUGCAAGUGGGAGCCGGUGGCUCGGCUGGUUUCGUAGAAGUCUGCAUCAUGCACCCGUUGGAUCUAGUCAAAACCCGACUGCAGCUACAGGCUAGACCCGAUGUUGCAGGUAUCAAAUCUCAGGCAUAUUACAAUGGGGUAUUUGAUUGCUUUCGAAAAAUGGCACGCACCGAGGGAUUUUUCUCAUUGUACAAAGGUAUUCUACCACCGGUGCUGGUCGAAACUCCAAAGCGAGCGGUCAAAUUUUUGACCUUUGAGCAGUACAAACGUUUUUUCAUGUUCGGAGCUGACAAACCAACUCCACUGACCUUCUCGCUGGCGGGAUUGGGAGCCGGAGUUACUGAAGCUAUUCUAGUAAAUCCUUUUGAGAUGGUUAAAGUGACUUUACAAGCCAACAAAAAUAAGGUCGGCCAAAUCCCGAGCACGUGGGUCGUAACGCGGCAAAUCAUUGACGAGUCAGGCUUCGGUUUGAGCGGUUUGAAUCGGGGAUUGACCGCGACCAUAGGUCGUAAUGGCGUUUUCAAUAUGAUCUACUUCGGAUUCUACCACAGCGUGAAAGGUUUGCUUCCUGAGUAUAAGGAUCCGGUACAAGAGUUCCUACGUAAGGUUGGAAUAGGAUUUGCUUCCGGUACGCUCGGAUCAAUAGUAAAUAUUCCGUUCGAUGUUGCCAAGUCAAGGAUUCAAGGUCCUCAACCGGUACCAGGACAGGUGAAGUACAAAAGUACAUUCCGUUCUAUUGCCACUGUUUAUCGAGAAGAAGGGUUUGCCGCUCUUUACAAGGGGCUGACGCCUAAGGUGAUGCGAUUAGGACCAGGUGGAGCAAUCAUGCUGGUAGUGUAUGACUACGUCUACGCAUUUUUGGAUGGGUACUUCAAAUGAUGUACAGAGUUCUCGAUUGGAAUGGUGCAAGGCGAUUCUAGUGAAUGCGUCGAACAGCAAAGUUGAUCAUUGGUAUGACAUCUACCUCCUACGAAACACGCUCCAAUAUUGGUUAUGCAAACUUUUUCCUCGACGCCCGUUGACGAAAGUUUUAUUCCAAUAUUUAACAUUUUGAAGCGGCAUUUUGGAUGCAUUUAUGAUCGUUUUAUAUUAUACAACAAUUAUACAAUAUUUUUAAAAGUUGAAGAAAAUAAUCAAUGUAAUAUCUAUCUGUAAAGUUUUAUGAUUUUCUAAUCCUGUUAGUUAUGUAUUUUUAAUACUUGAAGUUUAAACGAAUAAAAAUAUUUAACCGAAA